AUGGCAGCGGUUGUUGUGGAUGCUGGCAGCGGCUUUUGCAAAGCGGGGUUUUCCGGCGAGGAUGCUCCGCGCGCUGUUUUCCCAUCCGUGGUGGGCCGAUUGCGCCAUCACGUGGUGAUGGUGGGUGUGGAUUUUAAGGAUCGACAUGUGGGUGAUGAUGCCCUAGCAAAGCGAGGCAUGCUGCAUGUGAAGCAUCCCAUAGAUCGUGGCGUCGUUGUAAGCUGGGAGGAUAUGGAGGAUAUUUGGUCCCACAUCUUCUACAACGAGUUGGAGGUGUCCCCAGAGGACUACCCCGUCCUGGUAGCAGAGCCCCCCAUGAACCCCAAGGCCAACCGCGAAGGGAUGACCCGCAUCCUCUUCGAGAACUUCCACGUCCCCGCGGUGCACAUUGCUGUUCAGGCCGUGCUGUCGCUGUACAGUGCAGGGAGGACCACAGGGUUGGUGGUGGAAUCUGGCCAUGGCAUCACGUCUGCGGUGCCUGUUUGCGAAGGAUAUUUGUUGCCUCACGCGGCUUUGUCCUCAUCUGUAGCUGGCCGCGACCUCUCCGAGUUUUUCGAGCAGCUGCUGUGCGAGAGGGGCUUCUACUUCAACUCAAGCCACGAGCGCGACAUUUUACAGGACAUGAAAGAGAAGUUGUGCUGGGUUGCCCUGGACUUUGAAGCUGCCUCCCAGGAUGGCUACAAGGAGGUCCGCUAUGAGAUGCCGGGUGGGUCCUUGGCCUCUAUCGGCUGCGCUUCCUUUCGAUGUCCUGAGUUGCUGUUUCAGCCUGGGCUGGCCAGCCUCGGGGCACGUGGCCUCCCCGAGCUCACCUUGCAUUCGAAAUGCAAUACGGAGGUGCAAGGAGAGCUCUUCUCCAACAUCGUCCUGGCCGGUGGCUCCACGCUUUUCCCAGGCCUUCCCGAGCGCCUCGCGAAGGAGUUGAACUCCUUGUCUCCGCCGGAUGCGACCGUCAAAGUCGUGGCACCGGCCCAGCGACAGCAUGGAGCCUGGCUGGGGGGCGCCACCAUCUCUUCCGUCUCUGCCUUCCAGCAGAUGUGGCUCACCGGCGAGGAGUAUGAUGACAGCGGUCCAGGAGCCAUCCAUGAAAGGUGCACGUACCAAAUUCAAUGA